UUGUUGUUGGAAUCAUAAUAUCCCUCGUGCCGGCUUGGGGAUUUUUUACCGACCCUGUAACGGUACGGGGGUGGGAAGCAAGAGGAAGUUUGGCUAACCUGUUACCCAGAUUAGAAUAAUUUUGGCCGGCCAAACUUACUUCCCGAGCUGUACGGCCCCGUAACGGAAAUAGUUUUAAAUAUAUGCGGGCACACUGCACUUGACUACCGAAGGGAACUACAUAACGUCUCGAUAUCCAGUCUUGCUUGGGAUAAACUGUACUAGACCAUAACAAGUGAUGCCUUUUUGCCUAGAUUGAAAUACAAAACGAGAUGAACAAGGACGUCGCUCCCAAAGUUGGGAAAUUUGUCACCGGCAAGAACUACUUCUGCGAGAAGUUCCGUGACCACGAGACCUCUGACCUGUUUACGCAGAAGUGGGACUACCUGGAGAAUAAGUACCCAUUCUGGGCGAUGUUGCCGGACACCUCAACAGGACCCGGGACAUCUAGUAUGGCCUCAACCAGCAAGGGCAAGGACCCCUCCACCGCCGCCAGCAAGGGCAAGGACUCCUCCACCGCCACCAGCAAGGGCAAGGACUCCUCCACCGCCGCCAGCAAGGGCAAGGACUCCUCCACCGCCACCAGCAAGGAAACUACCUUGCCAGGGGAUGUCAUGGAGACAAUUAAGCGACAUUUCGUUGGAACCUACAGCAUUCCAAUUCAACAUCUUAAGCAGCCAGCAUGGAAGCGGCUAGUGAGGGUGGCUGAUCGCCAGCAUGUGGACAAGCUCAAAAAGGUGUUUGUCCAUACAUCUGUGCAGGCGACAAUUCUAAUCGGGAAUAUAUGCAACAUCACGGCUGAGCAGUUUGAAGAGAGUGAAAUCAACAACUAUGAGUAUGAGGUCAUCGGGGGUAACCACACCAGGAUUGCCCUGCAAGAGAUACUCCAGGAAACACCUGACCAGCUGGAGAACACGACUGUCCACCUUAACGUGUAUUGUGGACUCCCCGACGACAUGGCAAAGCGCCUCGGGAUGGACCACAACAACGCCAUUAACUGUUCCAAACCUGAAACGACGCUGGACAGGUUAACUAGCUUCAGGGCUAGCCUUUACAACAAGGCAGGAUACAGUAGUCCUGACGACAUAUCAUCCGUUGAGCCACCAACGGAAAGGGCAACCCUGUCAGCGUGGAAGGAUGGCUUGGCUAUCAUGCUCGGCUGCGGGGGAUUAAAGCGAACAGACAAGCGCAAGCAGCUCAACAACAUACACAGACGAGCCAUCUACUUGGCCAGCGCGCCGUGUGACGUUUUCAACGGCGUCACCGAGUUUGCUAGGAAAUGGGGCCUGCAGAAAAUCCACGGUCAGAAGAAAGGCGAACUUAGGCCGGUCCAUUUCGAGUUCCUGACCGAUUCCGACCUCGACCACGUAGAACAGGCAUCACUUCUGCAAGAUCUGGUAGAAGGCAAGGCGGACUACGCGGAAGAAAUAAAAAAACUGAAAAAGAGCAAAGCAGAAAAGAAGAAGGUGAAGGAGAGAUCGGAGAAGCCAUCCGCUGAAGGCGAGGACACCGAGAUAACCGAAGAGGUUGAGCUGGAGGCUAACGGCGACGGAAACGAUGACGGCCUGACCGAGCAGGAAAAAGAUGCCACAAUAAAAAAAUUAAAGGCAGAAGUACAGACACUGCGUGGCAAGAACAGGAAACUGGAGGAGGGAAUCAAGACGUUGCAGAAAGAAAAAGGAGGGGUAGAGAAAGAGAUGAAGAAAGUAAAGGAGCAGCUGGCAGAACAACAAAUAGCAUGCCAGCUACUGCAGAACAAGCUGCAUACGGAUGAGGAAGUGUCGAGGGGACUCCUAUUUUCUUUGGAACAGGCAAAGGAUGGAGAUGGUGUGGAAAGGGAGAAGGAGCACACAAGCAACAAGAGGAAGACCACAGACGUGGCAACAACUUCGGCGCCUCGCGCAAAGUCGCAGAGGACUACUUGCAGCAAGGCCCCUCCGUACAAGGUGGACGACUAUGUCGUCGUAGCUGGCGCUGAAAACAAUGGGCAGGACAUCGUGCCUUGGUUUGCACGAGUCAUCGCCACCCAGCCGUCCGCUCGACGCCUGACCGUGCGAUGGCACGUACUGAACGGGGAAGGAGUUUAUGUCAGAGAGACAAAAGGUGGCAAGCUCCUGAAAGACGAUACAUGCAGGUAUGACGAGAUUGCUUGCACCGUGCAGAUGUCAGAGGACAUGACACUGCCGGUGGAAGAGAUGACGAAAGCUUUGAAGGCCGUGAAGCAGUGAGUAAAUACAAUCAACAGUUCACACUAUCUGCAAAUCAUCCGUCAUGCAUUUUUUAAACUAGUGGCUCCAGAUGACAACAAGCUAUCACAUGGCAACAUUGCA